CGCCCAUGAAGAGAUGCUGCUGCUGAGGAUGAUGAUCAGAGGUGUGUGCGCUGCGGCGGGCUUAUUUACACCCGUUCAGGCACACUGCAUCAAAGGAAACUCUGGUGCUCCAUAGGAAAUGGACUUUCUAAAGGGAUUCAUGUGUCUCUGCGGUGAUCCAUCUCAAGCUCUAAAUUUGCCUUACCAGUCCCACAGGCUGUUCUUCCAAACAGUGUGGAAAGGAUUUAAACGGCCACAUUACUGAAGAGGAUUUUUAUGACUACAUUUUAACUGCGUGUCAGAAAUGCCCCCUUCUAUUAAAUGGUGCAUCAGGCGGGCUGUCUGCUUGUCCUUUAUUCUUGCACUGAUCCCCAGGACCAGAGGAUCGACGCUGAAUUGCCACAAAAUGUGCAUAUGCGCCAGUAACAUUGUCAGCUGCUCCAAGAUGAACCUGACGAUGAUUCCAUCCGACCUGCCCAGCUACACAGCCGUGCUUGACAUUAGUUUUAAUGAGAUAACUGGACUACGCGCACAAUGGACCAAGCACAAACUCCCUGAACUCCACAACCUUUUGCUCAGCCACAACGGUUUGUCGUUCCUCUCUUCGGAGGCGUUCGUAUUCGUAAAGCAGCUGCGCUACUUGGAUCUGUCGUCAAAUAAUCUGCGACAGCUAGACGAGUUCAUUUUCGAGCCACUGAUACAUCUGGAGGUUCUGCUGCUCUACAACAAUCACAUCUCGCAGAUCGACCGCACGGCCUUCUUGGGCCUCGGCAGCCUGCAGAAACUCUACCUGAGCCAGAACCAAGUGUCCCGCUUCCCCCUGGAGCUCGUCAAGGACAAGAACCGACUGGACAAGCUAAGCCUGUUGGACUUGUCUUCCAAUCGGAUCAAGGUUCUCCCCAUUCAUGACCUCCAGGUGCUUCCGGCCUGGCUCAGAAACGGGCUGUACUUCCACAACAACACCCUCAUCUGCGACUGCGAGCUGUACAGUUUGAUGGCUCACUGGUAUAUCCGAAGACUCAAUUCCGCACUGGACUUCAAGGACGACCACACCUGCGUGCACCCCGGCCCGGAUAAACAGGUGCUGCGUUUGUUCGAACUCAACACUCAUAUGAACUGCAGCACGUUUAAAGAAACCGACGAAGAAGCUUAUUUGGAGCAGACACUCGUCCUUGGCUGUGACACCCGGCAUCGGGACAUGUUAAAGACCUGGAUGCUACCUGGAAACGUAAUGUUAUCUCCUGGCAAUAACCACAGCGCCGUGGUUCUCCCGGACGGCAGCUUAGAGAUAAAAUCAAUACGACCUGAGGACUCAGGUGUGUACACUUGCUUCGCCGUGAGUGAAUACCUCAACGAAACGCUCUAUGUGGUGGUCAAAGUCUACAACUUCACCCUCAAUGGAAACGGUGAAGGCCUCAACACUGCUUACACCACUUUGGUGGGCUGCUUGGCUAGCGUGGUCCUGGUUCUUAUCUAUCUUUACCUGACGCCCUGUCGCUGCUUCUGCUGUCCCGACCAGGGUAAAUCAAAGAAUAAUCAUGAGGACAGCAUCCACUCCUCCAUGCUCAGCGUCACCCCCACGCAUGACGAUAUGGCAACCAAAGCAGAGCUCAACAGGCAUGUGGCCUUCAUAGACCCAAAGGACCUGCAGGGACAGAACGGGAAAUUGAAUCCUAAUGGAGAGGAAGAGGCAGAUGAGGAGGCCAUGCAAGGGAAAGGAAAGCGGAAGAAAUCGGUGGCAGACUCAAUUAGUUCGGUCUUUUCUGAUACUCCCAUUGUAGUCUGAGCGGGGAAGUGUAUUUUUGGCUGGAGAGAGUUCAUUGUUGUGACUUUCUCGGACAAAGAGACUGAAGUACAGUGUUUGGCUGUUUCUGCAAAACCUUUCCAGCAUUUUAAUCUGUAGCACUUAAGUAUAUACUGUGAAAAGGUCUCGCCAUAUUAGUGGAAUCUAAACUUGGAGUGUUUAGAUGUUUCUGUGAGUUUAGGCCGACUAAGUGUGACUAGACAUAGUCUUGGUAAACAUCACAUGCAAUCUGAAAUUUGUCAAUGAUCAAGCUAGGAAGCUAGAUUGAGAAACAUUACAGCAUUAAUACAUCCACUAUGUAAUCACUUCAUGAGCAUGAGCUUUGCAGACUGCUAAUGUCAAGAAGAAUGUAGUAUAGAAUGAAACCCUUGUAGCUAAUCAUAUUUACCACCUUUUAUGCUAACUGACUGACCUUACCACUUUAUGUAAGCCAUACACAGUUGGUCAUUGCAGGGGGAAAGCAAUACACUAUUGCAUUAUAUAAUACAGUCACAAGAAAAAGAUGGAAAGGUAUCUGUCUCUAUGGAACAUUGUUAGCGUUUUUUUUGAAUGAAAGAGUUGACUGAAUCAGUUCCCUGUGUAAUCAGGAGGAAACACCCAUAUGAUAAUACUUAUUUAAUUAGCUAACUAAUUACUGAUAUGUUGCUAUGGAAAAAUAAAAUCCUUGUCAAACUGGAUUAGUUGGUUGAAUCUAGACUCAUUUCACCCAAUUUUUCUUUAAAUUUUUUUUUUAUAUAAUUAUCAGAAUUUUUUAUCUUUACAUUGAAUUUUUUGAUUCCAAUUACAAAAUUGUAAGAAAUUAUCAGCACAGAGUUCUUAUCUAUACCAAACUAUAUGUAAAUACAGCACAAAUAUUAUUUCAUGUUGGCUAACUCUCGCAUAAAAAUACAGAAUCUCACAUGACACCCAGAGAGUGACAUAUAAUGCUAAUGCAACCUUUUAAUAGAAUGGCGUGUCCCAUCUGCUUGCAUUCUCAAUCAUCUCUGAAGCUAUAGUGAUUUGAGCCUGGAUUCAUCAGCCAAAACAGUUUGGGACACUCAGACCUCUUCUCACUCUGCGUUUAUUUGCACUUGUGGUGGUUGGAGUUAGUGCUGAGUCAUCCAUUGUCGGAAUGGACGUCAUUUCUUUUCUUUUUUUUUUUUUUUUUGAGCCCUUGAAGCACUAAUGUAAUAUUCAUCACAUAAAAGCCAAAUGCUGAGGGAUUUUUUCAUUAUUAUUUUUUUUUAUCUUGAACCAUUUGAAUACGUUUUCUGAAUGAAUUAAAAUCAAGGGUGAACUCAGGUCAAAACGUGGUGAUUAGUCAAUCCCGCUCAUGUCCUCUUAUUCUAAAUGAUUACUUCAGGCAUACAGCAGUGAUCUCUCAAAGACCAAUAUUAUAUUUGCAUAAACAAUGCCAUAGGAAUAUAAAUAAGAAUGCUAUGAAUCCUAAUGUAAUGCAUAAAACUGGUCUGCUGCUCAAGGAAGAUGUGUCUAGAUCCAUAUGCAUUUCGAUUACAACAUUAUCGUCCUGAUGGACUUGAAAGCCAUGAUAAGGCUGUUCCAGAACACUGGGAUAUAGGCAAUGAUGUCAUAGAGGGACAUACGUGAAUUUAGAACGUUUGUGCACACCUAGAACCCUUAAUUCUGGGAAUUCAGCUUCCAUUCAUCUGUUCCUGGAAAGAAAUUAGACACAUCUCACGUGUUAACCAUAACCACUUUAUAACAUUGUUUGGUUGGGUUCAGAAGGAGCAGUAUUAGUUUCCUCCGACCUCUUUCCCUAGUAACAUUGUAAUUACAUCCUGUUUUGCGAGCGAGGGAGUGGGUGAAGCUAUUAAAUGUUUGAUAGGUGGAUGAACUCACAAACAGUAUUAUCUCAGGGAGAGGGAAUGACAGAUAAUAGCAGCUAUGGCAGACUGCAGUCAUGGGCAGUUGCGGUCUCUUACACGUCUCUCCAGCUGCAAUCCAAAAUUAGUGUUGAGGGGUGGGAAAGGCCUUACCAUCACAAGCUCUGUGGGAGGAGGCCUGAGAUCUCUGCGGUGCGCUUGCGAAGAGACAGAAAAGCCAAGCGCUCCCCCUAAAACCACAUCCAGCAGCUUUUCGCCCCCUGUCUUGUGUGUGUGUGUGUGUGAGUGUUCUUCUGAAGUGUGUCCUUGGCUAUAUCGCUUCGAGCAGAGUUCUUGUGAAAGACCACUGUUCAUUACUCAGCAUUUGACAGUACAUCUGUGCUUUUUGUAUGGGUAAACAGUGUUUGUUUUACAGUGUUUAUGAGAUUGUGUCAUUUUAGGUAGCCCCCCUCUCCCCCCUUGAGGUUCCAAAGAGAUUGAAUCCCUUGUUCUUCUGUGUAUUGUUGUUCAUAUACAGUUGUCUAGAUUCCACUUGUGACUAUAGGAUAUUGGUAAACCUAUUUUAAUGACACUGACUGUAAAGGUUUAUUUCUGUCAUGUAUUUUGAAAUCUGAUCAUCUAUUUGUCUAAUAUGUGUUAUUUAGGCACAUAAAUUGAGAUUUUUUUUUUUAGUGUCAGUAAAUUAAAUCUCAAUGUAUCGAGUACCAAAACUUUACAUUCACUGUUGCAUUCAUUGUUUAAAUUUCUAAAGUCAACGUGAAUUGCCGUUCGCAACCCGUUUUACUUUUGUAAUCAGAUGUAUUUCCAAGUGAAAUGUGAUAUUCUAUAAGUAAAAAAAACUAUUUAGGCUGGGAAAUUGUGAAAUUGUGAAAAGUGGACUUUUAUAAAAGAGAAUGAAUCCAGACUGAAUGCAAUUUUUCUGAAAAAAUUGCCGAAAUUGCUCUUUGGCUGUUGGUUAAGAUUAUCCAUUAGCCAAUAUUUCAGUGACCUCUUUCCUUAAAUAACCAACAGAUCAUGCACAAUUAAACUAGAAAUGUGCGUUAAGAAAGUAAAAAGGGUGAAUUUUGAUUUCAUGUUGACUUGUAGCCUCUCAGAAUGUCAAGAUGGAUAAUAUUAGAAGUAAUUCUAAAGCUGACUCUCAAAAUUGCUAAAUUAACUUUAGUACAACUGUUCACACCAAGCAUGAUAACUAGUUUUAAUAAUUUGGAAUCAAGGUCACAACAAUAAUGAUAACGACGACAGUGGAAUGAUAUAUGGGCGAUACAUUAAUAUAGUUAUUGUUCUUGGUGUAAAUGAGCCUUAAACUUAGUUGUAGAGACUUGAUUAAGUCCCUUCUGUCCUAUGCUAAAUAUAAAAUCUUAAAAUAUAGAAUAGUUAAAAAAUAGUUUUGUGAAAGUAAGCUAUAUUGAAUACAUAAAAUAGAGGUAAACCAACACAAAUCUACAAGAAUCACAGUUAUGCAUACAUAUCUGUACCAAUUCUUAGUAAGCAAGCAUCCUGAUAUACUUAAAAAAAAAAACACCUGUGUAAAUCCUAAAUGGUUUGAGAUCUAAAGUCUCAACCAUCAUUAGUUUUUGAGAGGGAGAGCAAAAACAGCGUCAGGUCCAGUAUUAAAGCUAGAGGCAUUGUUGUAAAAGCUUAUUUAGUCUGAAAUGUCAAAAACGAGACCGAUGAGUGCCGGGUGGCGUGUAUUCGUGCGUGGAAACUCAAACUGAUUCUGGAUCAGCAGUCCACAUAGACAUAUACCUGUGAGAAGUAUUAUUUAUCAAUAAUAUAAAAGUGAAUAAAAUUGAAAUUGACUGUU